AUGCAGGGGCGAGUAGGGGACGGACCUGCAGGAGCCAGUGCUUGUUUCGUCGGGGGGUUUCUUUUCGUAGCGGCGCCGACAUCCUGUCAAUCGUUCCGUUACACUGGCAGUCGACCCCCUCCUUCUGGGCAGACGCUGCAGGAGAGUGGCAGUGAGGAGGAUGAUGAGGAGGAGGAGGGUGAGGGCGCGGAGGAUGAGGACGAUGAGGGGAGCGAGGAUGACAGUGAGGCCGGGUGGGAUCCCAAGACGCAUGGCGGUGGGGAAGGGGGGGGUGAUGAUGAUGAAGACCACAAGAUGGAUGGGUUGGAGCCAGAGGAGGUGGAGGAGGAGGUGGGAGAGGGUGGUGGAGGGGCGGCGACAGAGGCAGCCUCACAGCAUGUGGCUGAAGGAGGAGGGAGUGUGGGGGUUAAGUUGCGUGACGAGACGUUUCCUCGUGGGGGCUACAAGGGUGUGCCGGAUGGCUGCGUCGAUAAGUGGCCGCAUGCCAAGUGCUGGCCGAACCUCACAAAGAAGAAAGGGAAGGGGGUAGGGGGAGCUGAGGGGUCAGGCGGGAUCAAGUGGUUCAUGACGUCCAAGCUGUCCACGGUGGAGCUACGGCAAGCGAUCGCCAAGCUGGUGGUCACUUGCGACCUCCCCUUCCGCAUCGUCGAGCCCGAGGCUUUUCGGGAGCUCUUGAUCUUGCUAAACCGCAACUGCGCGCAGAAGAACUUCAUCCCCUCGCGCUGGACGGUAUCCCGCGACACCGUGGUCUUUGCAGCAGCCGCUCUCCAGUCCGCCAUUGCGGAGAUGCUAGCGAAGGAGGGGGAGUUGGGGUGCAAGGUGUCGUUCACCAUCGACAUGUGGACGGCACCCAACGGCAAGGCAUGGCUAGUGGUGACGGGUCACUGGAUAGACGAGAACUUCCAGCUGCGCACAGCGGUGCUUGAGUUCCGCGAGAUGCUAGGGCGUCAUGGAGGCAGAGAGAUGGCGCAGGUGGUAGAGGAGACGGUUGUGCGGUGGGGGUUGGAGGGGCGUUGUCUUGGUUUCACGACAGACAACGCCUCUAGCAACAUUGCCGCCUUCAGGCGGAUGUCUGAGGAGGGUGGUGGUCAGUGCUUCUUCAACCCGCGCAUGCACUUUCGACAAUGUGUUGGUGUAUUGGGGAGUGGGCCGGUGCGGGGCAAUUUGGAGGGUGUGUAUGGUCUGGGCUUGUCGAAGGCCGACAAGAAGGUGGAGAGUCUGCGCCUGACAGACGCAGACUGGGAGACCCUGCAAGCGGUGAAGACAUUUCUAAGCCCCUUCGCCAAAGUCUCCAAGGCAGCUGAGGGGGCGGCGUACCCGACUGUGUCGAUGGUGGUCCCGUACUACAACGGCCUGAUCGACGCCAUGGAGUCGCGCCUUGCCAAGGGGCCAUCUGCUACGCUGCAGCUGAUGCUCGUGGCGGCGCUGGGCCACUUGAAGAAGUACGCCUACAUGACCAGCAACGAGUACUGGAUCGCCACCUUCUUGGACCCAUCCAUGAAGGCGGCGUGGUUCGCCGACACGUACUGUGAGAAGCUGCAUCCCGAGACCGACAGGAGGGUGAGGCCGUGUCCAGCGUCUGGCGUGGUGAUCAAGCUGGUGCGCGACCGCGUGGCCGAGUACCAGGCCCGGGCUGCAGAGCUGGCUCCCCGACCGACCCCACUUGCCCUCGUUGUGGAGGAGGAGGAGGGAGACGAGGUGGAGGACGACGAUGACGCGCAGUUUCUCCCUAGUCGCCGACGACUUGCGGCGCGUCUGUCGGCGAGCCAGGAGGCUGGGGGGAGGACGCUGAGGCGCAUGGCCCGGGAUAAUCUCGCCAUCCCUGCCACGUCUGCUUCGAGCGAGCGGGUGUUCUCUCUUGGUCGCAACCUCAUCUCCUGGAAGCGGCACCGCUUGGCCUCUCAGAGGACGCGAGCUGUCAUGAUUCUCAGAUCAUGGUACAGUUCACACCCUGGCCAGAGGAUCGGCGAGGGCCGCCGACCGAGAGGCGUCGCACCACCAGAGUUCGCCAUUGAGGGCGAGGGGUUGGAGGACAACGAGGAGGAGGAGGAGGAGGGGGUGGAGGCAGAUGCAGCUGGUGGAGAGGAUGCUGUUGUUGGUAGUAGCAGUGGCGCCAUGGCGUAG